AUGAUAGUCGCUUACAUAGAUAGGGAUCAUAGGGAUUGGGACCGGAAUAUUGCGGACUUCCGGUUUGCAUAUAAUACCGCGGAGCAUUCCUCCCUGGGAACUUCGCCGGCAUUCCUGAAUCUGGGCCGAGAGUUGAUACCGAGAGGGAGGCUGCGAGACCGAGGUAACGAGAUGGCUCAGGUCGACGCAGCCGAUCCCGCGGUUUGGUCGGAUAGAAUGGAGCGGCUGAAGUUGAUUCGGGAAUGGGUUGGCGAACGUUUAGAGGAGGCCCAGGAAAAACAGGCGACGUACUAUAAUCUGAGGCGUCGAACUCGCAGUUUUCGUACGGGUGCACUAGUCUUGCGAAGGCGGCACGUCCUUUCGUCGGCCGCCGAUAACUUCGCGGCAAAGUUGGCACCCAAAUUCGAAGGUCCCCUCCGAAUCGGGAGGAAAUUGUCCUCCGUAAUUUACGAGCUGACUCGUCUAGAUGGGUCAGCCGCCGGUAAAAGCCACAUACAACAUUUAAAACCCUACUAUUCCCCCGACCCUGACUAG